AUGCGCGAAAAUACGGAUUUUCCGGCACCUGACAGUGGCUAUCCGACCCCAAGAGACGACUUACCAACGUCGGUAAGCAUUUAAAAUAAUGGGGUUAUUCAGGCUGUGAAAAAAAUGAUUGUUUUCCGUUUUUUUUUCUUUUUUUUACGUCAAAAAAUCCAAUUCAGCGAUGUAAAAAACGAAAUAAAACGGAAAACAAACAUACGCUGAAUAGCCCCAUAAGACUUUCAUAAAAUGUGUUCAUUUUCAGUCACGGUCGACCUCCCCGAACAGAUCUCCAGAAAAUGUCAUUCCGAUGACGUCGACGCCCCUUAGACCUGGAAGAAGCCGUCAGUUGGAGAAUGUUUUCGUCGGGGAUGAACUUUCGUUCAUCGAAUCUUCAGGAGCGGACACUUCCGGAGCUAUUCCGCUUAAUAACAGAAGUCUUGUUCUCGGUAUUUACAUGUCUAUUAUUAGGUAGUUUUUAAACUGUUCAGAAGGCGUGAAAACCUUGUUGGAGAUGUCUAAGGAAGUGAAAAGAAAGGACACUGAGGCCAAGAUAUUGCAACAAGAAAACGAAAGUCUUCGUGAAGAAAACAGCACUCUCCGCGAGGAGUCGAGAAGAAUGGAACUGGAGUUUGCAAACGCGUCGCUUCAUCACAAUCCCCCGUUCAUUCCGAAACUUCAACUCGGCGAUUCUGCACCAUCCGAAAUUCAAAAGCUGAGCGAUCAAAUCAAAACAGAGAUCCUCUCGUUUGUCAAAGAUGAGAACGACCGAACGACAGUUGAAAUGAAAUUGGACCACGUACGUUUAAAGUGAAGGCUUUCCAGCACAAAAUCGAAACAUUUGCAGAUGAUUAACGAAGUAAAACCUCCGAAAGUGUACACCGCGUCGGCGACGAUUCAAGUGAACACGGAGAUGAUGGAUGCAGAUGCGCAGACAGAAAAAGACGAUCAUGUCAAUGUUAUCAACGCCAACCUAGAAAUCGUUAGUUUUCAAAGCAUUCAUUGAUUUCGCAUUCAACAAUUUCAAUUUCAGGAAGUCGAAAAGCUGAGUUCCCAAAUUGAAGAGUUUGAGAAAAAAAACAGCGAUCUUGAGGAUAGACUCUUCGAUUUUAACCAGCUAAAGGCGACGUUCGAGGAAGACAAGGAUAGGCUGAGAUCUGAUCUCGAGAAGAAGCUCAAAAGCAGUCAAGAGAAGGCAAAACGCCUGGAAGGAAAAGUGGGAGAGUUGGAACUCCGACUCAACAACAAGCGAAAGGAAUUGGAGGAGAUUAUAGCGGAGAACAGACGAAUGAUUGAAGAUCAGAAAACGCAAGUGUUCGAGUUUGACGAGAUGAAAGUUCAUGCGGAUGAAGUGGAGAGACAGAAGAAGGAGAGUGACGAAAAGGUCGAAAUACUGAAAAACAACUUGGAAGAGUUGGAGUUAAAGCUGGAAGAGGAGAAGGAAGCAAAGAUUGAGAUGGAAAAGGAGGCAGAGAAGAUAAAGAUUACCUACGAAGAGACGAUCGAAGCGUUGAAAAAAGAAUCGGAGGAAGCAACGCAGAAGGAGAUCGACACGUUCAAACAGCUCGAAGAAACGCAAGUCGAAAAUGGGAAGUUGCUCAAAGAAAAUGCGUAUCUCUCUGAAGCUGAGCAGACCCUUCUUGGCAGUGAAAUGGGCCUUAAAAACCAGACGAUUAUGAUGGCUGCGAGCCUGCGAAACGCAGAGCAGCAAAUAGCUCAGUUGACGGAAAAGGCUGGAAAGCAAAGGGAGAAAAUUAAGAAACUGGAAGGCGGAAUGCUCAGUCUGGAGCUGAAAAAUACACAGGUGAGAUAGAACCCGGUAGAGUUCAAAACAAUUACUACUCCUUCCAGCUAAUUGAAGAGCAACAGAAUGCUGGAGAGCUUCUGGCAGAAGUGACGAAAAAGCAGGAGGAGAUCGAGUGGCUCAGAGGAAACCUUCGUCAAAGGACAGAUGAGAACGAAGAACUGAAACAGCUGAGGGGACAGCUGAAAAAGAGCGAGGAAGAGGUGGAGUCGCUGAGCAAAAAAGUGACGGCUGCAAUGGAAGAAGAUCUCGAGCUUAGGAAGCAGAUCACCGAGUACGUUCGGGCAAAUGCGACGAAAGACGCAGAGUUGGAGUUGCUCAGAAAAGAAGCGACUAAUCAGAAGACAAACGUGGAAGAACUGGAGAAAGAGAAGAAUAAGGAAGAAGCUGAGAUCGAAGAGCUGAAAGGAUUGGUCGUAGCUUUAGAGAGAGAGCACGAGGAGUUCAAAGAGCACGCGAACAUGCAGUACCUGAAUGAUAUACAGGUUCGCGACGAGCAAAUCGCCCUUCUGCACGACCGUCUCGUAGAACUGGAAACGUAUCCGGGACAGACAAUAUCCGUUUCACGUCAAAAUUCUGCAGCACAGACAGAAAAUUCUAAAUGUGAUGCCAGCGAAAAAACCCAGCAAUUGGAGGAGAGCAUCCGACAAGUGAGGGGGAGAAUGGAAGAGUACGUGAGCGGACGCAGCAUUCUGGAGCUGGAGCCUGCUUCUCAAACUGACCCCUCACCCGAGUAUCACUGCAUUGAGACGUUUCGUCAGUUUGCAAUCAUUUUGAAGAAAAUUUUAGAAAAUGAGAGUAUUCCGAUUGCACGAACCGAAGAAUUCUGGAAUUCGCUUUUCGAACGGAUGACGCAAGUGAAACGGAAGACCGACGAGAAACUGGAGGCUAUGAGAGAGUCGUACUCGAAAGACCUGAAAGCAUUAGAGAAGAAGCAUGAGGCGACACGAGCACUGGAACUCGGCGACUGCGAAAGAAUGCUGGAACGAAAGACGGAACAGUACGAGCGAAGGAUACUGGAGAUCGAGCACCACACGAAAGAGAAGCAGAUGCUAGCGGACGCUCGUCUCCAAAUGGCCAAUGAGUAUUCCGAACAUUGCACCGUGAGUGAGAUCCUAACAAACAUAAUUCACCGUGAUCUUUUCAGUAUGAAAGUGAGCAGCGUGAAAAAUUGGCUGUGCAGCUAAAAGAAUUGGAAGGAGCGCAUCUGGAGGCGAUCUCGAAAUUCGAAGAAGAUGAGAAGGAGCUGCGGGAAAGACUGGAGCGGGCAGAGCACAGAGAGCAAAGGUAAGUAAAGUGGCAUGCAAUUUACAAAAGGACAUAACAUUCCAGAACUAUUCGAAAUCAUCUGAAAGCGAUCGAAGAACUGGAGACGGAAAUGGAGAGUCUCAAAUCGGUGGCUCAGCAAAGAGAACGGGAUUUGGAACAGAAACUGGAGAAAGCAGAGCGGGACAUCGCCGAAUUGAAUAAAAAACGAGUCUACGACAAGUCGACAAUGGAUGAUAUGACAAAUUCGUAUAAUAAGGUCACCGAUCAGUGUUAUUAUCUGCGUAAUCGGAACAAAGCCCGACAGGAACUUCUGGAGCACAUGAACAAGAUGCUGAAGAAAGUGAAACAGGCGACGGACGCAGAUGCUCCGCGGAAAUGUCUUGAUGAGAUGCAAGUGGAACUCAAUAGGGUAGGUGCUUUUUCAUUUGUUCCGCAAUUACUUCUCUGCUCUACAGUCGGCUCUUCUGGGCAAAGAGAACUCGAAUGCCGAUCACUACCAUCUGCUCUGCCCGGAAAGAAACCGUGACGGCCGCAACGUGAUCCCAGUGGAGCAGCUUAAUAAAAUUAUGAAUGAACGAAGAAAGGAACAGUCGAAACCCGCCUAA